AUGAAGGUAGUUUUAGUGCUCCUGGAUUUGACACUGCUCCUGGGACUUCAGGUCCAGUCCAAAAUCAUUUUGAAAGAAAAUUUUGAUGCAGAAAAGAUYGCUGGGAAGUGGCGCACCAUCGCCAUAGCUACUGACUCCGACUGGAUUGAACACCUUCGGAAGAAUGGGAGGAUGUCUAUGAGCACUGUGGAACCUCAAAGGGGAAAUCUUGAUGACUGUGGCCUGGUUGACACUGACUACAGCAGUUACACUAUCAUCUUUGGCCACCGAGUCUACAAUGGGCAGAAGAUCUUAGUGCUGCUUCUCUACAGCAGAAACAGUUCUGUGAAACCCAUCGUGUUACAGAAAUUCAAUGAUACCAUAAUGCAAGUGGGACUUUCCAAGGAACAGAUGGUCAUACUGCCCAAAGAAACGCCGCCGUGUCCCCGCAGCCUGGACUGCGCGCUGCAGCGGCGGGAGCUGUGCGCGCCGGGCUCGCGCGCCUGCGGGCCCUGCCUCCAGCCCUUCGUGGAAGACGAGCGUGGCCGAUGCGUCCAGAAGAAACACGCGCCCAGCGGGAGGACUUUGGUUCCCGGCCUGGAGGAGGAAAUCGAUUUCCUGGCGGACGUGCUGGCCAGACAAGAUGCUGCUCGCCCGCCGCCGCCGCGUGACGGCAAACCCCGAGCCGCCCCAGCCCCGGCGGGGAAGCAUCGCGUAGCCGGCAGGUUGAGAGGGGAGUUAUUGCAGAGGGAUCCUGCUGGCACCAAGGCAGCCACCAUCCUCCCCACCUCGACCACUGAGGCGGUGCAGAAAUACCCCGUGGAGGCCUCGCCCAUCCCUUCAAACGAUGCCGUGGUGCUCGGGCUCAUCGUGGUGUGCACCGUGGCCGGCAUCUCCGCCCUCAUCGUGGCUGCUGUCUGCUGGUGCAGGCUGCAAAAGGAGGUCAGGCUGGCACAGAAGGCAGACUACUCGGCACAGAGAGUGCCCAGCCCUUUGCCCUACGACAACAUCUCGCCUGGGGACAARACGCUGGCUCAGAGUGCCCAGAUGUACCACUACCAGCACCAAAAGCAGCAGAUGCUCUCCAUGGAGAAGCAUAAAGAGGAGCCCAAGGUGCCAGACUCUGCGUCGUCCGACGAGGAGAAUGAGGAUGGMGACUUCACUGUGUACGAGUGCCCAGGGCUGGCUCCGACCGGAGAGAUGGAAGUGAGAAACCCGCUGUUCGACGACUCCACCUUACACCCCCCGAACCCCAAGUCACAGCAGUAACGCCCGUCCUCGCUCCUCGCGCCCGAGCUCGCUACGGACUGUACACAGAACGCCCGAAGCCAGCGCAGGCAGCGCCGCCGCAGGGCACCCGCGCCGAGGCCGGGGGGCCGCCGCAGCCUGGCACCCCCUGCCUCUGCCAGACUGCUCGCCGCCUGCCCAAUAAACACCCCCUAACAGCUAUGGGAAGGGGGGGCCGCCCCCGUUUCCAGCCUCCUUGUUCUCUUUGGGAAGCGCCUCUCUGCCUUGCCCCCAGGGCUGCUGCGGAUGCUCUGUGCACGGGGCGGCCGUGGGUGCAGUGGCAGGGAAGGGGGGGCUGCAGAGCUGGUCCCUCGCGGCCAGGAGGGCUCGAGAGCAGCGUUUUGCAGCUGCAGACGGGCUAAUGCAGCAGCAGGCAGGAAAGGGCUGGAGAGGGAGGGCUUCUUUGGGACAGGGCCGCGGUGCUUCUGGUGUAAGCGCCACGAGCCCCUCCGGGCGGGACGGAAGCUUUCCCAGCAUUGGGCAAACAUUUGUAAAGGCUCCGGCUGGCACCGGCGUUCGGCUUUGUCCCCUCCAGUCCUGAGAGCCCCUGCGACCCAGGCCCUACUUGAGAAGCCCAAGUGGCCCCUGGCCUCAGCAGGUGCCCGGAGAUGCCCAUGGUGCAGGGUGCCUGUGGCAGCCCCCUUACCUGUUUGGGGCACAAGCCCCCAGCUGGGCAGAGCAUUUCCUCAAGUUCUGCUUGGGUGCUUGGGCUGCUCUGUCUCCUCUGGCACUCAGUCCGCAACAGGGCUGGGUGUUGAGG